CACUCUCCCUUCGCCAAGGGGCUCGGGAUGUAGACGCGCCGGCGAAAGAACCAUUGUUGGCAGCGGCUCGAAGGGGCGUGUGUCGUUGUGUGCAUGUUCGAGCGUGCCGCGGGCAGCCUGGCGAACACUCGGGGGGGUCCAGCUAACGUCCGACGGCGACCAUGACUGACUGCGCCAACCUCUGGUGUCCGCUGCUGCUACUACUGUUGGCCGCCGCGCGCUCAGGCUCGGCGUUGCGGUGCUACGAGUCGACGUGCACAGAGCAGCUGACGGACUGCGUGCACGACCGCCGCGCCCAGCUCAAGGACUGCACCUUCGAGUCUUUCCGCCGCACCGUGGAGCGCCUGGACUCGCCUUUCCCCUCCCUGGGGCUCGCCAACCGCUCCAUGAUGUGCAUCACGCACGGCGCCGAAGGCAUCGUGUCCCAGACCGGGAGCACCCAGGACGUCAUGCUGAGGAUGUGCUUCCCCGACGUCGCCGGCGUGUGCGACUUCCUGUCGCAGACCACCGACGCCAUCUUCCGCGGCCAUGGCGUCAUCGUCAAGUCGGGCUGCCACUUCUGCCACGUGGACGGCUGCAACCAGCCCCCGCCCCCGCCCCCUCCCCCCGACGAGGACUACAGCGCGGACGCUGCCUCCGCGGGCGCCUCGCCCGUCGCACUUCUCCUGGCAGCGUGCCUCGCCUCGAGUGCGUGGUCCUGACCGCUGAGGUCGCCACCUCGCCACCUCGCUCAACUUCACAAGUUCCACAUUUCCCCACGCGUCUAAGGUUCUCACCAGAUGCUCGAGCAAUCCACGACAGUGAUGCAAGCACCUUUCAGAACUGACAAGCCGCUUUUGGUGGUCCACUCUCAUAUUGCAACCUUAAAAUUUCACACUAAGGCCUGUUUUACAAUGUAAUGGAUAUGAAAAAAAAAAAUUGGAUCCAGACCCCACAAGAUAUAAUGUUUCAAUAUCUGUCAAGUCGCUUCUACAACGCAAGGACCUUAACAAACGGCAACCAAUGACAUUGAACAUCACGGUUUCAGAAAACAAAGUUAAUGAAAAAAAAAAUGUUUGAGAUCUGAGAACAUAAGACGGUCGGGAUUUAUAUAUUUAAUAAAAAUGAACCAGAGUAAUGAUAGAACACUAGUUAUUCUUGUAUCUGAAACAGCUUUCAGUGUAUUAAAGUAACAUGGCUACCACAGCGGCCAAAUGCUAGGAUUCUCUUGGUCACACGGAAUAACUUAAACAAAAGAGCUGAACAAUGAUGAUCUAAUAUGUAUGGGUCCACAUGCGUACUUUGUUCCCCUGAGAUCCAGCUCCGUUCAGGUGAUCCAUCCUUCGUUUGUGACAUUGUAGAAUGGCCUUAGAAAAUAUAACAUGGUUUGAACCUUUUUACACAACAAUUUUUACUGUGUCCUUCAAGUAUUUUAAUUACAUAAAUGUAUUAUUUUAAACUGAUAUUUUACUCAAUACAUAAAAUUAUUUUUGUCAGAAAAAUUAAACUUAUGAAGAUCGUCUGCAGACUAGAAUAACAUGUUUAUGACAUUUAUUGGACCCUUAGUAAUUUCUAAGUAUAUUUUCCAGUAUCCCUCAUAAAUAUAAAUUUAAGGACUUUAUUAAGGUGCCGAGUGAAUUCUAGCUUCUUCACAUUCUUCCAUGCUACCUUGAAGACGAAGCCCUGCGCUGCAAAGAUCCCCGUACAUUUUCUGGCAAUACUUUUUUUUUUUUGUAAACAAAGGAGCCAUUGAAACACCAGGUGUACAGUAGUGAUCCAGGUAUGCAAGAUGAAUACGUGACUCAGGGAAGGUUUGCUAAAGAAAAUAACUGAUUCUUUAUGACGUUUUGAUUACCAUAUAGACAGCUUACUCGCCGUGAAUGGGUUUCCCACACAUCUUCUUGAAAUUGUCAUAAAAUCCUACAAGAGAAAUAAAAUGGUUUCAGACAAGCUGUUGAGUGUUUGAGAAGUUUGAGAGCGAAAAGCGGUAAUAGCGAUGGCAUAUCAUGGCCAAACAUCGCUCCGAAAAUGCAACUUUAAGAAUGAAGCUUAUUCACAAGAUUAAGUGCUAACCUAUACAUUAAAAUACAGCCUGAUAAAAUAAAAUAUUCUAAAAUCCAAACUGUGUCAAAACAGAAGUUUCAGAUACAUUAAAGCAUUUCAGACUAACAACUAGAAAUUGCUAUCAUGCAAAAAACCCAAAAGGAAAUACUAAGGCCCAAAGUACAUAGAAAACACACAGAAGGUGCAUCAUUUAGCAAAACGGCUAGUGAUCCCCAAGGGCAGAAAGUGGGACUUAAUCACGUAUGAAAUAAAUCUUUAGGUCAUUAAUAUACUGUAACCAAAUCUCCAACAUAAUUGGGCAAAUUUAUGGUCCUAAUGAUGCAAGUCGUUGCACGGUUUUCACAAAUGUAUCUGCAUUGUCAGGGAGUACUGUUUGUGAAGGUUCCCAGGUUGGUUUUCGUCAAGAGAGUAAGUCCAAGAACACACAAAAUCAAGAUGCUGAUGCUGAUUGCAUGUAAAAUUUUAGUGAAAUAAUUAUGUUUUUGAAGCUCAUACCUAAACACUUGCUUUUUAAUCACAUAACCAAACACAAUGUAUAUCUCCAGUUUCUUUCACGUGGUAUAUUACAUAUUUCCUUCAUGGUUAUGAGGUGAUUGUAAAUAGGUACCUAAUUAUUUUUUUUACCAAGCUUUUUUGUAUUACUUAACUACUGAUAUUUUUAAACAGUUUGUUCACUUCCUAUGAAAAUUUGAACCAGCAUUAGUAACAAAAAUAAUGUAGUUACUGUAUCAUAAAAGCUCUUCGAUGUAAAGUGAAUUAUGUUGUUCCUAUACAAAUGUACUUACUCUAAAUAUUUUAAUUUUUAGUUUAGUUUGUGAUGUCUUUGUCUUAUAACUUUUACAUUUUUCUUCCAUGACCAUCAAUACUGAAAAAAAGCUACUUCACAUUUUUUUUUAAACUCUUUCUCGAGGGUCUGUAUCUGGUUACACAGUGCCUAAAGUAAGUUUACCACAUUAGACUGAAAAAUGGUUGUGGUUAUCCAUAAGGUUUUUAUGCAUGUUCAUGGAAACUAAGAACCAACAUUUGGAAACUGCCGUCCGAAGAACUGAUAUUUUGUACAUAUUUCACACACAAAUAAAAUACAUUUUAUUACUGC